AUGGACUCGCAAGAUGAGCCCUAUUAUCAGCAGGUCAAUGACAAUGCCGCAGUCUUUUCAUCUCUACCUUCGCCGUUUGAGGCGACUCAGCGUCCUCGGUCUGUGGAGAGUUUCAUCUCUUUCACUCCUCAUCAGUGUAACUACAAUGCCGUGGAGACUUCGGCUCUCACAACAAUGGCGGAGCAGGUGAUAGCAGGCAGUUCAUCAGUAAUCGAGAAUCAGUCUACGCCGGGGCUCACACGACCUACCCCACCAACCACGUCACAGGUCACACCAACCACAAAGAGGUCCUCGCAACAGACUCCCAAGCAAAGUGGACACGACACCCUCGUCUGCGACACUCCCUCUAGGACCACCCCCACAUGCGGUGAGUUAUUGCGGCUGAUAGCUAUUAUGCGUCUGCAUGCACACCGGCUCUAA